UAGGGUUUUACUGAGUGAAGCCCUCUUUUAGUUUGCCGUCGGACAACAUCAGAAAACGUGGUCUUAUUUCACGGAAAAUGAGUUUGAUAUCUCAGAAUGUUGUCUCUAGAAAGAAAGUCAAUUCAAAAUCGGAAGAUGGUGAUGAGCCUCUGCUCCUGGAAGAGUCAAAAGGUGUUGAGGUUGGAGGAGAAUCUGGUUUGGAGAUAUCACGGGUGAAGAAGAGAAAGAUAGAGAAGGAAAAGCAAGUGGGAAUGGAGCAAGAAAAGGAAAUGAAAAAGCUAGAAAACUUUUUGUUUGGAUCCCUUUAUGCCCCUGUUGAAUUUGGGAAGGAAGAUGAGGAAGAAUUCCAAGGGGAAGGUCAAAAUGGUUCUGCUGCAUACUUUGUGGAUUGCUCUGCAGAUAGAAUGCUGUCUGUUUAUGAAGAGGAGUCACAAUUGUCAGAGGAAAGUGAUGAUGAAGAGGGAACACAGCAAAAGAAACCUGUCUGGGUGGAUGAGGAGGAGCUGCAGACCAAGAUAGAUAUUGCUAAAGUUAAUAGGUUGAGGAAGCUAAGGAAGGAAGAGGAUGAAAAAUUGAUUUCUGGUUCAGAUUAUGUUUCAAGACUGAGGGCUCAGCAUGUUAAGCUGAACCCAGGUACAGAAUGGGCCCAACUUGAUUCACGGUCAAAGAUGGGUGGCUCUUAUGAUGAUGAAUCAUCAGAUGAAGAAAAUCAGGCAAUGGUGGCUCGAGGUUAUGAGGAUGUUGAAGCUGUUGAUGAUAUUCUUAGGACAAAUGAAGAUCUUGUUGUUAAGAGCCGUGAAAAGCUGCUGCCUGGACUUCUAGAAUACUCGAGACUUGUAGAUGCUAAUGCUGAGGAACCCUCUAAUGGUCCAAUAAAUUCAGUUCAGUUCCAUCGCAAUGCUCAGUUGCUUCUUGUUGCUGGAUUGGAUCGAAGGUUGAGAUUUUUUCAGAUUGAUGGUAAACGGAAUACUAAAAUUCAAAGCAUUUUCCUUGAGGACUGCCCGGUUCGAAAGGCAUCUUUCUUACCUGAUGGGUCUCAGGUUAUAAUAGCUGGAAGAAGAAAGUUCUUUUACAGCCUCGAUUUAGUGAAAGCGAAAGUUGAUAAAAUAGGCCCCCUGGUUGGUAGGGAGGAGAAAAGCUUGGAAGUUUUUGAAGUUUCCCCUGAUUCUAGUACGAUUGCAUUUGUGGGCAAUGAAGGUUACAUCUUGUUAGUUUCAUCUAAGACAAAGGAAUUGAUUGGAACUCUGAAGAUGAAUGGAAGUGUUCGUUCCUUAGCUUUUGCCAAUGACGGGCAGCAAUUGUUGAGCACUGGGGGUGAUGGACAGGUCUACCAUUGGGAUUUGAGAACAAGAACUUGCAUCCAUAAGGCAGUUGACGAAGGUUGCAUAAAUGGUACAGCUCUUUGCACUUCAUCUAAUGGAACUUUCUUUGCAGCGGGUUCUGACAGUGGGAUAGUAAAUAUAUACAACAGAGAGGAGUUCUUAGGGGGUAAGAGAAAACCAAUCAAGACCAUCGAGAAUCUAACCACCAAGGUGGAUUUUAUGAAAUUUAAUAACAAUGCUCAAAUAUUGGCAAUUUGUUCAACCAUGAAGAAGAACAGUUUGAAGUUGGUACACAUUCCUUCAUUUACCGUUUUCUCAAACUGGCCUCCAGCAAAUAGGACUCUACAAUAUCCUCGGUGUUUGGAUUUCAGUCCUGGUGGUGGUUUUGUGGCUAUGGGAAAUGCUGCUGGAAAAGUGUUGUUAUACAAGUUGCAUAAUUACCCCUAUGCAUAGAGUGAAUGUAGAAUUCCAGAUUUCCAAUCACUGCUGACGGAGUUCUUAUUUGCAUAUCUAAAGAUUGAAGCAUUUUACUUAUUUCCAAAUAUACAAGUGUAUCAAUUCCCUUGCUUGCCGAUUGUCAUGCUGGUGAACUUCCAUGACAGUCUCCUAAGAGAACAGUGCAAUAAAUUUUGACUUAUUUUUCAGUUUCGGUCAAUUCACUGAGAGGUGCAUCACAUUAUAUAUUCUAGUCAAUUUAGAGUUUGUCCUUGUGAGUCACCCCAUAGCUAUAGGGUUUUCAAUGUUCUGUACCUUUGUUGCAGAUUGAAUUUUCUGCAAUGGUUUUGGUUAUUGGUUUUUCUUCUUGAUCAUGUUGAGGCAUUAAAUUUUUGGAUAAAAAAAUUUUGUUAAGUA